UCACUCAUCAAAGAUAACUUACAUGCGAGAAGAGAAGUAGCAUAAUACUACUUGAAAUAAAGGGAUUGUUGCAGCACGUUAAGAGGAAGAAGACUAAGUAAAUAGAGAACGAGGAGCAGACAGCACAGUCAACAAGGGAAGCUAUUCUGUGCAGCAAAGUAAAUAGUGGGACAGUGAGCUCCCCUGGUGCACACACUCGCACCUCUAACAGGUGCAGACGAAAACUCAUACCUUGAAAUCCAGCGGAGAGUUUUGACGGCAGCUAAUAUUAUGUUCUUUCGAUUUUAAUGAGUCAACUAAAUAAACCCCGUUAUGUUUUUCUUGUAGUCAUUGUACUAACGCUUUGUUCAGAUUUGUUUGCAGUGUACAGAAAUGUAGGAUUUGCAAACGAAAUCUCAGAACCGGAGUCAAAUGUUUCACAAAUAGGAAAACUUCAAGAGGAAACUGGACAGAUAAGCGACGUUGACCCAAAUGGAUACAUUAUAUAUUGCCCAUGUAUGGGUCGCUUUGGAAAUCAGGCUGAUCAUUUCUUGGGAUCUCUUGGAUUUGCGAAGAAACUGAACCGAACCUUGAUUCUCCCACCGUGGAGAACAUAUAAAAAUGUGCCUUUUGAUGAGUGGUUCCGUGUAGAUUCAGUACAGCAAUAUCACAAGGCAAUUACCGCUGAACAAUUUAUGAAGGAAUUGGCGCCAACGCUAUGGCCUCCUGGGAAGCGUAGUGGCUGGUGUUGGCUGCCCAGGAGCUCAGAUGGCUCCCAGGACUAUUGUGCCAUGAAAGAAGGAAAUCCAUUUGGGCCAUUCUGGGAUGGACUUGGUAUCAACUUUGAUAGCCAUGUUGUGUAUGGCUUUGGCUAUGAUGAAACAUCAAAGUGGCAAAAAGAAUACCCAGGUGAUAAGUAUCCUGUGAUUGCAAUGAAAGGUGCUCCAGCAAAUUUUCCUGUGAAAGAGGAGUUUGUUCCCCUACAGCGUUAUCUUCAGUGGUCGGCAAAGAUGGAAAUGGAGGCUGAUAAAUAUAUAAAGGAACACUUUCCAGAAGAAACCUUUGUAGGAAUCCAUCUACGUAAUGGGCCUGAUUGGGAAAAUGCGUGUGAGAUGGCAAAAGAUCAAACAAGUUUUAUGGCUUCUCCUCAAUGCUUAGGGUAUUCAAAGGAUAAGUUGGUGACCAUGGAACUCUGCCUGCCUUCUACAGCAACAGUCUUGAGAAUGACAAAAGACGUAGUGGAGUCCAUUAGAGCCACCGUGGUGUAUGUAGCAACAGAUAAGGAUCCCAUGCUACAGGAGCUCACAAAUCACCUGGGAAGCAAGGUCAGAGUUAUUCAUCAGGACCCUUGGCUUCCUCAGAUAGACUUGAUGAUUCUAGGAAAAUCCCACCACUUUAUCGGAAACUGUGUCUCCUCCUUCUCAGCCUUCGUUGCUCGUGAGAGACAGGUGAACAAGAAGACAACAUCUUACUGGGCUUUCCCCAUUAAGUGAAAAGUAACAUCAGAUUUCCCUUGUUAUUAAUGUGCUUUACAAUAUUGUUAUCAAAUAGCUGUUGCUGGUAAUUUUGAGCUUGAUAGUUAUGUUCGUACUGUUUUUUUCUUUGUUGUUGUUUUUUUUUUUUAAACAGUAGUCUGACUGAGCUGAAUUCACCAUAUCUUAUAGACUGUGUGUACGUACAUAAGGGAAGAUGUUAUUAAUCGUUUUUAUUUAUUUUAUUCAGAUGCCAGUGUUCAUUUGUAGAUACAUAUCUGCAUAUAUAUUUAUCCAAAAAUAGUUUGCGGUUUGAAAGGAGAAUGAAGGAGUGUUUGUGUGGGGGGAGGGAUUUAUGACUGGAUGAAACCAGACAGGAAGUUAAACUGUAAGCUCCAGGAAAGUUAACAGAAUAUUGAGCUGUCAUUUGUGUUUUUACAAAAAACACAUAAUGAAUUUUUUUUUAAAUCGAACUACUGACUGAAGGUUGUAGCCAAUGUGAAAACUUAGCGAAGUUAACAAGCCUGUUUGUAUGAUAUUGCAGGAAAUAAGAUAUUGACACCUUUCCAAAAUCUAGUUUAUAAUUAUGAUGCUGAAAGGCUUACAUCAAUGUAAAUGGAACAGAGAUUUUGUAUCUUUUUACUAAUUCAUUUCAUUUGAAAAUAAUUUUAUUUUGCACUUUAAGGAACUUGUAUGAUAGAAUAAGUGAGUGGUAAGUACACGUUCUUGUGUGUGGUUUUGAGGACAAGAUGAGUGAGUUAGGACUAAAAAGGAAUCUCAUAGGAUGUUGUUGAUAAUUUCUUUCCUUCAGAGAUUUUAAAUGUGACAGAAAUUUUUUUUUAUCCACUUAUGUGUUCAACAAAUUUUAUGUUGAACUAGAUCUUGCUGUCUUCAACCUAAAUGAUAUUAAGUCAAUGCAUUUUUCUUUAACAUGUUAAUAUAAUUUUGUAUACAUCUUAAUCUAAAUAAACAUGCUAAUUUAUUAGUUUAACAACAUGAAGAUGCAUCCAGAAAGGCAAAAAAAACAAAACCCCAGGUGUUCCAUUGUGUAGUUUACAUUGAAGUUUCCCAAAGUUCUUAGAGACAGUUAAGUAACUAUUGUCAUCUGAGCAUCACCACGAAAUAAUUUUGGCUGUACAAGGUAAUAUAUUUGAUAUCCAUUUGGUUUGAGAUUUUGGUGGUGUGUUUUCCUUUAUUGGGAAAUCCAUGGAGCAUUCUUGUACCCAUCAUUGUAUUAUCCCCUUUAAAAAAAUGAUCUCAAAUACACAAUUGUGUUGUAUAUUAGCACAAACAUGCCAUUUUUUGGCGAUAGCUUGUCUUUUUUGGCAUUUGUCUUUGUCAGUUCAGCAUUAUGCUGAACACAACUGUUAACAUAGUUUUGACACUUGCCUGUAGUCAAUUUAUAAUGAAUGCUGACAAGCAUCUUGUCACAUUUGUUACAUCUGCAUGUUUAAGUUUCUGCUCAUUUGUCAGAAAUCUUAUGUUUUUAAGUUAAAAUUAGACUGAUGCAGUUAUACACAGCUCUUUCCAAAGUUCUAAAGAGGUAGACCAAAGGUGUGUAUGUAUGCAAUAUUUUGUGUUGUAUAUUUACCCAAAACAAAACCUUUACAUCUAUUACUUCAUUUAUUAUUUCAUUACUGCGAUUAGACUGGGUACCUUGGCCUUAUAUUUUGACAACCUAUGUGGAAAAUUUUUUUUUCUCACUGCACAAAGAAAAUUUUUGCAUGCAUUUGUAAAGUGCUGUCACAAUAUUUUCGUGUUUGCCAUGUUAACAUCUAUGUUUGGAUGUCAACGUAUUUGUGUCUGCAUUUCAAAACUGGCACCUUUUAAAAUGAAAAAAGGAGAUGGACAAGCUUACCAUCACCCCUUUUUAGUUAAAGUGACUAUUAUGUCAGGGUGUUUUUUACAAUUUUACAUAGAAGGGACUAUUGAUACUAGUACAAGGAAAAUAAUUAUGCCAUGGUAUUUCUGAAAGGAAUUUUGAUGUACAUUUUGCAAAAGGUGACAUAAUAUAAAAAUUAUUUAUGUGUGUAUUGAAUGUUUUAAUAGUUUUGUACCAUGUGUCCUGUAGAACAACCCAACAACUGUCUGUGCUGAAAUACUUGAACAAACACGAGUAAAUAUGUGAUACAACAUGAGCCAUGUGUUCAUCAACACCCCUAUGCAAACUAGAGAAUGCUGUUAAACAAUAGUGCAAGUUGUUACAAUGCCCUCAUUUAAUAUCUGCUUUUGUUUUUGUCAGCACAGAGGUUAACAUUAAAAAAAUGGUGAGAGGUG